CUUGCCUGCUCCCCUUGAAGAGUGAACAGCCUGUGGUUUAUGAAGUGGAGGCAGACACUGGUUUCAUUAUUUCAUAUCAAAUAAGGCGCGGGGCUAGGUGCUGGGAAUGCAGUGCUUUGGUUUUCAACCUUGGGAGGUCACGGCAGAACGGAUUGCUGAAGACAGGUAGAUUUGGAGGCAGAGCUGCGUCGCUGGACUUUGUGACACUUUGGAAGAGGACACAAUGGCGAGUGGAGGUGACCAGCAAUCACAGGCUCUUGCCAAACCCACUUUUACUGAGGCCCAAGCCUCCGCUGUGGUAGAAUCAUUGUUUGGGUUCAAGGUUUCUAUGAUCCGGGCACUUCCCAGCUACGAUGACCAGAACUUUCACGUUCACAUUUUGAGAACUGAGGAUACUACAGACAGCCCCAAUGAAUACGUCCUCAAGAUCAGCAACACAGAGUCUAGCAAAGACCCGGACCUAAUUGAAAUGCAGAAUGAUAUCAUGAUGUUUCUGAAAGAAGCUGGAUUCCCAACAGCCUUUGUGUGCCGCACUAAAGGAGACAACAUGACCUCGCUGAUGUCCAUUGAUAGUGGAUCUGAAACCAAAAGCCACUUGGUGCGGCUGCUGACUUACCUUCCGGGGAGACCUAUAGCUGAGAUUCCUGUCAGCACUCGGCUCUUAUAUGAAAUUGGAAGGAUGGCUGCCAUGUUGGACAAAACACUAGAGAAAUUCUGUCACCCAAAAUUAAGUUGUCUUCAUCGGGAGAACUUCAUCUGGAAUCUGAAAAACAUUCCUCUCCUGGAGAAAUACGUGGAUGCCUUGGGCCAGAAUCGGAACCGAGAAAUUGUUGAACAGGUCAUUCAGCUGUUCAAGGAAGAAAUAAUGACCAAAUUAAGUCAUUUUAGAGAAUGUAUCAACCAUGGCGAUCUUAACGACCAUAACAUUUUAGUAGAGCCCAGCAAGUCAGCCUUCGGAGAUGCGGACUAUCAAGUGUCUGGGAUCUUAGACUUUGGUGACAUGAGCUAUGGCUACUAUGUGUUUGAAGCGGCGAUCACCAUCAUGUACAUGAUGAUUGAGAGCAAGAACCCUAUACAAGUAGGAGGUCACGUCCUUGCCGGCUUUGAAAGUAUAAUCCCACUGACAGCUGUGGAGAGGGACUCUUUGUUUUUACUCGUGUGCAGUCGCUUCAGUCAGUCACUUGUCAUGGCCGCAUACUCUUGCCAACUACACCCAGAGAACAAAGAGUAUCUCAUGAUCACUGGGAAAACUGGCUGGAAGCACUUGCAGCAAAUGUUUGACAUGGGCCAGAAAGCAGUAGAAGAAAUCUGGUUUGAAACUGUCAAGUCCUACGAAUCUGGGAUCUCCAUGUGACUAGAGAAAAGUUCACAUUCUCCUGGGUGAUUCAACAGUCAGUGGGCACAGGUGAAAAUUUUUGAUUUUCCUGCAUAGUUAAAGAUGAGCUGAUAGAACAAAACCACUCGGAGUAGAACAAUGCACAAGAGAACUCUUAAUUCCUAAGCAAUCUGGAAACCGUCUUUCACACAUAAGAAAGUAACUUCGUGAAGAGCACAACACCCUGGGUUCACCCCCCAAUACUGCAAAAGAAGGAAGAAAGGAAGGAGGAUGCAGGCAGGCAGAUAUAAGCAGACAUGCCUUUUGUACAAUACGCACAUUAUGAUAACUGAUUUUAAUCAAUUUCUCAAGGUCUGCUUUAGUCCUUAGGAUCAGUAACUUUUGAAAAUUAUAUAUAUACACCUCAAAUAACUGGACAUAACCUCCAGACCUAGCUGACACAUCACCAGUUCUGUGAAGCCUCCCCUCUCUCGUCUCUGGACUCCAUCUCCAUUCUGUCUUUUUCAUGGCAUAUCACUUUGUGGUUGUGUAAUCAUGUAGCCUGAGAACUAUGUGAACACAGCACUGACCACGAGAAACCUAACUUUUGUAUCCCACCUGAGAUAGUGCCUUCUCACAGAAGAGUCUUGAAGCAGAAUGAAUGUAUGCGAGAAGAAAGGCUGAAGAAAACACAUGCUAUGAUGUCGUAGGGAAAACAUAGAGGACAUUCAUAUGAGGAAAAUAUUUUAACUUACAUGAAAGAGUAGUUGAAACAGGAACUCUAGACAACACUGAAACUAUGAGAAGCAAGUUAAGACAUUGAGCCAAGGCUGCCAACCACUGAUCUACUUAAAUAGGACAACAGUGUUCAAACUAAUACCAGCAGGAUCCAUCAGACCUUUUUUUU